AAAAAUGGGAAACCGUUGUUGUGUUGGAAAGAGAAAACCUGAAAUUGAGUUACCUUUUAAGACAUCUGACAUUGUCCGUUUAAAAAUAUCGUGGACCAAAAUCAAGCCAGAAUGGAACAAGGUCAUUAAAAUUGCUUUUAAAAGGUGGUUCAGCGCUUAUCCAGAAAUAUGGAGCAUGUUCAGCACCGCUGCACAAAACUUGGACGAUUUGCUGGAAUCACCAAUCAUUUCACGCCAUGCAAAAAAAUUUGAAGAAUUAAUUGAAAUUGUCAUUUACAAUUUGCAUAAAGGAGAAGUACUGGUCCAAUCGUUGAUUGAUCAUGGCAGAUUUCAUCAUUCGUUUGGUGCACAACAGAGAUUUGCAACUACUUUAGCUACAAGUUUGAAGUUUGCAGUUUUCACGUUCCUGCAAAAUGACGAAAGUGUGGAUGAUUGUAAAACACAAGAGGCUUGGGACAGUCUAUUCAACUUUUUGUCUGGGUUGCUGAAAUUAGGUAUGCGAAAAGCGAUUGAAGAAGAAAAAAACAGCACAAAUGACACAAAACAAUCAAAAAAAGAGCAACAGAGAUCAAUGGCAGACAAUUUACGUCACUUAUUCGAAUGUUAAACAGGUGUAAUACACUUAGAAACAGCGUCGGUGCGGAUGAUUACUUUAUGAAAGCGCAUUCAAGUUGACGAAAAUUCCAACGAAGGAUUUUGAAUAAUGAAAAUAUAAUGGAAGAGUCUUUGAGGAUUGAUGGGUGAGCUGUUAAAAAGAAAGACAUUGUGUAUUGAAUUAAGAAACUAGAAGCAGAUUCUUUUACAAGGGACUGUUUCAGCAAUUUUUGUUAUAGUCUUUAUUGUUAUUGUUAUUUUAUUUUUUGUUGUUGUUGUUGUUGUUGUUGUUGUUGUUGUUGUUGUAGGAAAUAUAUCUCUUUGUAAUUAUCGUUAUCGAUGUGGUUUUGGAAAAAAGUACCAGCAAUAAAAUACAUUUUUGCAUCCUCAUUUCUGUACUUUUCAUCUGGUACUUUUGAGCGCAAAAAGACAGUAAUUGUGCGCCAAAAGUUUUUUGAUUUUUUUUUAAUAUUCCGUAAAAAUUCCAUUCAUAUUUUCUCUCUCGAUUAGUUCUGAAAUCUAAAAACACGCUACAUAGUAUACUUUUGCAUCCAGAUAAUCAAUGUUAUGUUAUCUAAAUGUCUAAAAAAUCCCGUGUAAAGAUUGUCAUACUGCUGAUUUUAGUGAAACAAAACGAAUGUUCUAGCACAAAAGGCCGUACGCAACAUUAAUACAGACAAAAUAAGAUUGCGGACCACAGCUGGGAGAAUGAUCAUAAUUAUAGACUGGGAUAAUAAA